AGCCAACUGCUGGAUGAAGAAAGCUAAUGUCUUCGCCGGUCAGCACUGCCACACGGGGCGUUCGAGUGAGCGAUAGGGAGCAGAGCGAGCGAGCGAGCGAACGAGCGGGCUGGAAGGCAGAUAGAAAUUGGAGCGCACCCCGAGAGUCGAGUCCAGGCCACGAUCGAUCGACAUGCGAGGCGGGCAGCAGUGCCACAGCAAAGCUACUAGCAGUCGGACGUAAACAUGAAACCCAUUGGGUGCAAGAGCAUUCCGGUCAUCUUCCUGGUGAUCCUCGGCCUGGUCAGCCUGGCCAGCCUGGCCAGUUCGCUGCCCAUGACUCCCGAACAGGAGCUGAAAGAUGUCGACGAGCCGUUGGGUCAGCAACGUCAGCAUAAGCAGCAGCAGGUGCAUCAGCGCAUGGUGAAGAGCGAAGCGGUGCCAGAGUCGGAGUACGUCGGUAGAAUUGCGCCACGCGAUGAGCAGAAUCCGGAGGAUGAAUACGAUGCCGUCACAUUGGUGGAGGAGCUGGAGGCCGCCGGAGUGAAGCUGGCCGAUCGACGUGACCUGCGCAAGCUAACCUACACGGAGCUGGCCCGCCUACUGGCCCUCUGGCAUCUGUCCCAGAAUCGCAACGUUUACAAUGCCAAAGGACCGGAGGAGCAGCCCAAUCAGGCCAUCGAUGAGCGUUAAUUUAGUUGCUUAAUGAAGAAAAAGGCUAGUAGUACGCUCCUCGGAGAACCAAGUGGGAUGACCCAUGCAGAUAUACAUACUAUGGCAACUAUAUGAUAUUCUCCGACCUGACUUUCGUUAGAACAUUAUAAGGAACAUUGUAGCUCCAGCAGCAAUUCUUUCAAAUUAUAGUGUGCCUCAUUUUUAGACUCGUAUAGAAAUGCAAAUAAACUAAACCGUAUUAUUGUA